GAUAUGGAAGGAGAUAAAGGUCCAGUGUGUGUAACAGGUGGAACAGGAUAUGUUGCAUCAUGGCUGAUCAUGAGGCUUCUUCAACUGGGUUACUCCGUCCAUGCCACAGCUAGAUUGGACCCUGAAUACAAGAGAGACAUCAGUUACCUCACAAACCUACCAGGAGCAUCAGAGAGGCUCCGAAUCUUCAGUGCAGACCUCAACAGACUAGACAGUUUCGAUGCAGCCAUUGAAGGGUGCACCGGUGUAUUUCACGUCGCUCAUCCCAUGGAUGUCUUUGGAAAUGAGCCCGAAGAAACUGUCAGCAGACGAUCAGUGCAAGGUACACUAGCCAUCUUGAAGGCCUGCCUGAAUUCGAAGACAGUGAAGCGAGUUGUACACACUUCAAGUUCAGUGACUUGUAUGUUCAACAGGAAGGAUCAGGGUGAGACUGAGGAGAGUAUAUGGACUAAUAUUGAUUUCUACAGGUCUUUAGGGCCAUCAACCAGUGCAUAUGUGUGUUCCAAGACCAAAACUGAAAGGGCAGCUCUGGAAUUUGCUGAGAAUCACGGAUUAGAUCUGGUGACUCUGGUGCUUCCUCUGACAUUUGGUCCCUUCAUUUGUCCCAAUCCACCUAGUUCUGUGCAUAUUGGAUUGGCUAUGAUUUUAGGUAGAGAAAAUUACUAUAGCAUUCUUACGAAAGCCAGUUUUGUGCACGUAGACGACGUCGCUAGUGCACAUAUCUUCCUCCUUGACUAUCCUAAUGCCAAAGGGAGGUACAUUUGUUCAUCAAAUGAGAUAACACUGCAUAAGAUGUCUGAGUUUCUUUCAGCCAAAUAUCCUGAAUUUCAGAUGCCCACAGCAGAUAUUUUGGACAAAGUUAAAGGUUAUAUGCUUCCCAGCCUCUCCUCAAAGAAGCUUUUGGAUUCUGGAUUCAGGUUUAAGUAUGGUCUCGAUGAAAUGUUUGAGGGAGCAAUUCAAUGUUUUAGAGAGAGAGGUUUUCUCUAGAAGAAUUGUAAUUAAGGUUCAUGAUACUUUUGAACUUCAUUUUCUGUCUUGAUUUGAUGUUGUUUGGCCAUCGAGAAAAAUCUAUUGGCGAAAAUAUGACAAAGAAAGUAGAAUUUCAACUGCAUUCAUAUGUAUAAGCUCUUGAAAUUUUCCUAUACAUGUGCAUUUUCUUACCUGACAA